GUUUGUGACCACGACGCUGUUGUCGGGUAAGCAACUACGAUGUGCCUAUAAAUUUGGGGUGAAAUGUAUCCAAACCAUUGACAGAAAAAAUGGAAGCCAUAAAAACUUUUUCACCAAAAUUUGGAUUCCAAAUCUCUCUUUCUCCUCGUACCCAUUUAACUCCAGUCAGAUUUCCACCGACAGCAUGUCCAGUUAAGCCUGCUAAUCUUGUCCGUUUGAAGGCAACUAGAGCUCUGAUUCGUGAUCCUCAAGAAAGUAACCGUAAGUUCCAAAAGUUCCCACCUUCUGAAUGGACUAAUCGCUUCGACUCUGUCUCGGUAGAUGCAUCGGAAAUGGAUGCGCUUAGGAAAGAGAUCGAUAAGAUUAUACCGAACGUGAAGAAGGAACUCAUGUCUUCCCAAGGCAUUGAAUCGACGAAGAAAAAAAUCCUUAUGGUAUAUUUGCUGGUUAGCCUUGGUCUUGCUUAUCACUUCGAAGAUGAGAUUGAAGAGUGUCUGAAAGAGGGUUUCGAAACAAUAGAAGAGAUGAUGGCUGGUGAAGAUAAUUUGUAUACUAUUUCAAUCAUCUUUUUGGUUUUAAGGACAUACGGUCACCAUAUGUCAUCCGACAUAUUUCAGAAAUUCAAAGGAAACGAUGGAAAUUUUAAAGGAUGCAUUAGUGGGGACGCUAAGGGUUUGUUGGCCUUGUAUGAAGCCGCGCAAUUGAGAACGACUACAGAGUAUAUAAUGGAAGAAGCACUGAGCUUCACAUCGAGCAAUUUGGAGUUGUUAGCUGCAGAUGGGAGGUGCCCACCUCAUCUCUCAAAACAUAUACGAAAUGCUCUAGGACUAUCUCAGCAUAAACAGAUGGAGGUGUUAGUAGCUGUGGAAUAUAUCUCAUUCUAUGAACAAGAAAAAGAUCACGACAAAAUACUGCUAAAAUUUGCGAAGCUCAAUUUCAAGUUAAUGCAGCUCCAUUACCUUGAAGAGCUCAAGGUCGUUACAAAAUGGUACAAGGAACACGAUUUUGCAUCUAACUUGCCACCUUACUUCAAAUACGUAAUCGUGGAGAAUCAUUUCUUUGCAAUAACGAUGUACUUCGAGCCAAAAUUCUCACAAAAGCGGAUUAUGCUGGCUAAGUACUUUACGGUUUUAGUACUUCUAGAUGACACUUGUGAUAGAUACGCAUCUCUUUCUGAGGCCGAAAGCCUCACCAAUAGUCUGGAGAGGUGGGCUCCUGAUGAUGCUAUGGAUAAACAGCCACAUUAUUUGAAAUUCGUGUUUAAGUUUAUAAUGGGUUGCUUCGAAGAGUUUGAAAGAGAAUUGGCGUCAGAAGGAAGAUCUUACUCUGUGAAAGCCACACUAGAAGAGUUUAAGACAAUUGUGAAAGCCAACUUUGAUUUUGCAAAAUUGGCACACACGGGUCACGUGCCUAGUUUUAAGGAGUACAUGGAAGUUGGUGAGGUGGAGGUUGGGGUAUGUGCGACUUUGGCAGGCAAUCUGAUGUGUAUCGGACAUAUCGGUGAUGAGGGAGUUUAUGAGUGGCUCAAAUCCAGACCAAAAUUUCUCAAAGCAGCCUCUACAUAUGGGCGUCUGAUGAAUGAUAUAGCCGGAUUUGAGGAUGACAUGAAAAGAGAAUAUGUCAUUACGGGAGUCAACACUUAUAUGAAGCAAUAUGGUCUAACCAAAAUGGAAGCUAUCAGAGAGCUUCAAAACUUAGUUGAAUACAACCAUACGAUAAUGAACGAAGAGUUUUUGAAGACAACUGAUUUACCACGCCAAAUUCGGAAACAAGUCAUCAACGUUGCACGCUCUCUCAACGUCUCCUAUACUGAAGGUGAAGGAUUUACCCAUACCAAAGGAAAAGUCGAUGAGUAUAUCACUUCUUUGUUUAUUACCCCGAUUCGUAUUUGAGGAUUUUGGAAUACUGUAUCGCUUUAAGUUCAUAUGUUAAAACGAAUGUGACCUUUGUUCUUGGUUUCUUUCAUAGCGACGUUUCGUUUGGUAUUUGUGGUCUAAGCUCAGAAGUCUUAUAAACGAUCUACAUGAUUUAUGUU